AAAAAAAAAAAACAUUAAAAUCAAUUUGUCAUUUCGUUCCUCGUGUUCACAUUUUUUUAACAUGACAUUUUUUUUUUGAUUUUUUUAGUUUCAAAGUUACAACAUUAUUAUUACAAAGAUGAUGCUCAAUGAUGGUUAAAAUAAUUGAUUUCUCGACGAAAAAUUACAAACAACAGAAGAUAUUUCGACUUGUAACCAAAGAUAUAUAUUUUUUACAAAUUUUUAAUGUGAUUUAAAAAAAACUGUGUUUUUACAAACUGUGUGGUGUUACAAAGUGAAAAAAAAUUUUAAUUUAAUUUAAUUUUAAAAAAAAUUCUCAAAUCAUCGACGUCCGUUAAUUUUUCGUUGUUGUUAAUAUAAACCGAAAUUGUGACCGAAUUAAACGAACGACACGAAACGAAAAAAUGGCAACAAACGUAAUGAAAAAUACAUAUUCAUUAUUUGGUUUAAUAGAAUUACCUGAUUAUCGUUAUACAAAUUAUCAUAUAAUAAAUGAAAGUCAUUCAUGGAAUACUGAUGUAACCAAAUUUGCUGGUUUUCAAAAUUCAUUUGCAUUUGAACGGGCAUUCGUACCGAUCGGUAAUUGGGUACAAUUACAAACACAAUUAUAUUGGUCAUAUUGUUUUCCAAUAUCAAUAGCAUAUGUUUUAAUAAUUUUUGGUAUUAAACAUUUAAUGUAUAAUCGUCAGGCAUUUAAUUUAAGAAAAUUAUUAAUGUUAUGGAAUUUAUUUUUGGCCAUAUUUUCAAUUUUGGGUACAUAUCGUUGUUUACCUGAAUUUAUACAUAUAAUACAAACUGAUGGUAUUCGUGCAUCAUAUACAAAAUCAACUUAUUAUGCUGAUUAUCGUCUAUCCGUAUGGUAUCUAUUUUUUACCGUAAGCAAAGCAUUUGAAUUAAUCGAUACAAUGUUUAUUGUAUUACGUAAA